UGAUCAUGUUGACAAGAAGCGCCGCCCGAAAUCUGUCUCACCGAAAAAAACGACCAGGAAGACCCCACUGCUUCCGAUCGGCAUUCCGCUCGACCCAUGGUUUAAUAACACAGUCACAAUACCAGAGUCAGAUACAGCGGACCAGGGAAGGUUCCAUCAAUACCCAAGAGAGCCUUUUAUCAGCGACUGGCACUUGGUGCGCCUUUUGCAGGGUAGCGGACAUUUGCUGCGCGAAUGGUCGGCGAGAAAAAGGGAGGCUGCGUUCUGGUACAAAGAGCACAGCGAGCUUUUGCGGGAACAGGACGAGGAUUGUGUAGUUGAACAGGAGAUGCAGGACGUCGUAACUACGGAUGGUGGCGAUGUCACCUCAGUCGUGCAGACCGGCAAAAAUCUCAAGGGUGAUAUGAUGGACGCGAGGCAGGAUGUUGAGAGCGAGUCAGAACAAGAACACCAGCUCAACCAGGAGAUGGCGCAUCAGCAGCGAAAAAAAUCUGAAGUGAAGCGCAAUAUCAAAGAAAAGCUGCGGCUGCAAGUAAGACAGAACAAAAUGAAACAAGCCAAAGAGCGGUGCAAUCUGUACGAAAUGCUGACAAAAGAAAAGCAUGGCACGAGGAGUACGUGGACCAUUGUAGUGCACUGCAAGCAUGUCUUGUCGGACGCUGG